AGCCAUUGAUAACUAGAUCUCUUUUACUUCAUCGGAGCUUCAUAUUUUCUUCGUUUUGCAACCUCCAGGUUUCUCAGCAAUCAUGGCGCCCUCACCCAAACUGUCCCUCUCGAACGCCCGGCCAUAUGCCUUCACGUUCCCGCCUGAAACAACGGCACUCAUCAUAAUUGACAUGCAGCGGGAUUUUGUGCUCCCCAAUGGCUUCGGGUACAUCCAAUGUGGAAACGACGAGAUCCACUCCGCGGUCCGCACCAUCGUACCUACGGUCCAAAAAGUGCUCGAAGUGUCUCGAGCUAUGGGGUUACAGAUCAUCCAUACUAGAGAAGGCCACAAGCCAGACUUGUCUGAUCUAUCCGCUGCGAAGAAAUUGCGUCAGAUUAGCCAUCCGAAUGGGCAUCAUACGAUGGGUAUUGGGGAUCAGGGACCGAUGGGCAGGCUGUUGGUGAGAGGUGAGUGGGGUCAUGAUAUUAUUGAUGAGUUGAGGCCAGUGCCGGGUGAGGUUGUUAUUGAUAAGCCGGGGAAGGGAAGUUUCUGGGGAACGGGAUUACAUAGAGUGUUGCUUGCGAGGGGGAUCACACAUCUCUUGUUCACUGGUGUCACUACUGAAUGUUGUGUCACCACGACACUUCGAGAGUGCAAUGAUCGAGGCUUUGAAUGCUGUAUCCUGUCCGAUUGCACAGGUGGCUUCGACCAACAGCAGGUGACUACGGCCAUGGAUACUAUCUGUGGCCAAGACGGCCUUUUUGGUUACGUUGGCCACAGCUCCGACUUCCUUGAGCAAGCGUCAAAGUUCCAAGAACGUACACCACCGAUAGCCCCUCCGGCAUCAUUCGACGAUGCUUUGCCCUCUAUCACCGAGCUUCAACAAUUAUACAAGAACAAACUUGCCGAUCCACAAGUGGUGAUCAAUUCCGUUUUUGAUCGCAUCGAGAAGUAUCAGAAGAUCGAUCCUGCAGUCUGGAUAUCGAUUGAGUCUCGAGAAAAGGUACUCGAAGCCGCCAAAGCCCUCUCUGAAAAAUACGCAGGGAAACCUUUACCUCCUCUCUUCGGGAUCCCUUUCGCUUUGAAGGAUAAUAUCGACAUUAAAGGGGUCCGAACGACAGCAGCUUGUGAAGCCUACGCAUACGUGGCCGAAUCGACCGCACCAGCCGUCCAGCUCCUAUUAGAUGCCGGCGCACUCUAUAUUGGGAAGCUUAACAUGGAUCAACUCGCAACAGGCCUUUCAGGCUGCCGAUCGCCGUAUGGCACUCCGCACAGCGUCUACAGCGCUGAGCACAUAUCCGGCGGCUCCUCCUCAGGGACCGGCGUCUCCGUGGCCGCGGGGCUCGUCUCCUUCGCUCUGGGCACCGACACAGCAGGAAGUGGACGCGUCCCCGCAGCCUUCAACGGCAUCGUCGGGUACAAGCCUACCAAAGGCACAAUAUCCGCGCGCGGCGUCGUCCCGGCUUGCAAAAGUCUCGACACGCUCUCCAUCAUGACCCCAACUCUCGCCGACGCCCGACAGGUCUGGUACAUAAUCGACCAACACGACGCACUCGACCCCUACGCCAAGCCACCCCAAUCACUAUCCCUCUGGACCAUUGACUACCGCGGUCCCCUCACCAGCGGAUUCCGCUUCGCGAUCCCUCCUCCCUCCGCGCUCUCCAUCUGCAGCCCCGCCUACCUCUCACUCUUCUCCGCCGCAGUCCAAAAACUGCGCUCCCUCGGCGGCGUCCUCGUCGAGGACAUCGACUACGCGCCUUUCGAGCAAGCCGCCAACCUGCUCUACGACGCCUCCCUCGUCCACGAACGCAUCGCUUGCAUCGGCGCCUCCUUCCUAUCCUCGCACCUCCCCUCCUUGCACCCCACCACGCGCGCCCUCUUCUCCGCCACGCUCUCCGCUCACGUACCCGCCUGGCAAGUAUUCCACGACCAAGCCAUCCAAGCGUCGUGCACACGGCUCGCCCAAAACACCUUCCUCCCUGGUAGCGCGGGGAUCGACGUACUCGUCCUCCCCACCACACCCUGCCAUCCCACGAUCUCCGAGAUGCAAGCAGAGCCCCUGAAAUUAAACGCGCAUAUAGGCACUUUCACACACGCCGCGAACGUCGUAGAUUUGUGCGCCGUCUCGGUGAAUGCGGGAUGGAUCCAGGAGGAGCAGGACAGGGGAAAAUUACCGUUUGGUGUUUCGUUUUUGGGGGGCAGUGGUAUGGAUGCGAAGAUUUUGAGUAUUGCGGGGGUGUUUGAGGAUAUGGUUAGGGAGGAGUUGGGGGGGAGAUGAUUGAUUGAUUUUUGGGGGGGGAAGGGGGGGGAUGGGCAAAUUGACAUGACAUGUCAUGGCGUUUUUUGUGGGAGGAUGGUUUGAUCAGGUUAUUCAACAUACAACAUACGCAAUUCUCGCUUCCACAUCUCACAUCUAUCUCCCUUUGUUUGUUUGUUUGUUUGUUAAUCCUUGCAUACCUAUGUUUGCUGACCUAGC